AUGGAAACACAAUGUGGAGUCUGCGGAAGAGGAGAAGAGACGAUAGAACACCUAAUCUUUGAGUGUAUACAUGCCAGAUCAGUGUGGAGAUCCAUUAAUAUAGACAUAGAUGCAGUUAAAGCUAAUUGUAGCAGUGUUUCUGAAUGGGUUCUAAGCUGGUUUAAUGGAAGUAGUACUGGUAUGGAUGAACGCUUGUUGUUCACAUGUAUGAUUGGUGCUUGGAUCAUAUGGAAAGACAGAUGUGAGAAGAUAUUUCAGGGAGUGAAUCUAAACCCUAUUUCCACAACCAGUAGGAUACAAUAUCAUUUAAGUUCUCACCUGCAUGAAAAUUUAAUUUGUAGUCCGUACAACAUUAAUACUGCCAAGUCUAAUUGGUUGCCUCCUACACAAGGCAUUGCUAAAUUUAACGUUGACACAUCUUUUGAUCAUAAUACUAAUCAGAAUGGUACUGGUGUUGUUUUACGUGAUCAUGCAGAGAUGAAUCUGGAUGAUAUACAAAUAGAGGUUGAUGCUCAAGUAGUAAUAAAAGUUGUUAAUGAAGACCCAUGGGUAGCUGAUGCUCAAGUAGUAAUAAAAGCUGUUUAUGAAGCCCCAUGGGUAGCACAAUGA